AUGGAUGCCUACUGCAAGGCGAUACGGAAGCUCAUGGCCCACUUCUACGGCCUGGAAUUCCACCAUGUCCUUCGGGACUACAACGUGGCAGCCGAUGUACUCUCCAAGAUGGGCUCCAAGCGGGCACUCAUCCCGGAUGGUGUCUUCGUGCAGGCUCUCAACUCCCCCACUAUUAAGAUCGAGGAGGAGCCUCCCACCAAGCCUGACCUAGCGCCAGCCCUAGGCCAGGAAGUACCGGUCGCCGAUCCAGAUUGGCGUGCCCCGAUACUCAACUUCAUCAUCAACAACAAGUCCUACCCGAAGGACAAGGAGCACGAGUGA